CUUUAUAGAUGUAUAUAAUCCCUGAGUUGACCCAGAAAACAAACUCCUCUGACUGCCGAGACGCCGCAGAGUUCGCAUCCGCCGCAGGGCUGCAUGUAGCCGGAGCAUCAGCUGGAGAAACAACCCCGGCACAGAUCCAACUUCUCCGUACGGAUUCGACAUUAAUACAUCGGGGCGAUAUAGGCCAUGGCUGAACACAUGAUGAUGCCCAUGACCCACAGCUUCAGGAUGGGCAUGAACGGAUCCCCGCAGCACAACGGCCAGCCCGGCCUGCGCACUCUGCCCAACGGCCAGGUGAUGCACUACGGGAGGAACCCUCAGAGCAACAUGGAGGCUGCCAUGAGACAGCGGCAGGGCAUGGUGGGACUCGGCGGCAUGGCCGGCCCCGUGAACGGAGCUCCUAACCCUAUGGCCAACCACCACCACCAGAUGAUGUCUGGGAACAUGAUGUACAACGGCCAGGCUCCGCAGCAGCAGCAGCACCACCACAUGCACCCCCAGCAGCAGCAGCAGCAGCAACAGCAGCAGCAGGGACACCCGCAGCAGCAGCAGGGACACCCGCAGCAGCAGCAGGGACACCCGCAGCAGCAGCAGGGGGGACACCCGCAGCAGCAGCAGCAGGGGGGACACCCGCAGCAGUACCUCCCUGGUAGCCUCACCUCUCAGCAGCUGAUGGCCAGCAUGCACCUGCAGAAACUCAACACUCAGUAUCAUGGACACCCGCUGGUUUCAGCCAAUGGCCACCACAUGCCCAACAGUGCUCAGUACCGGGUGGGGCCGGCCCAGCUAUCGGGCAUGCAGCACAUCGGCGGCCCUUUGGGACUAAACGGCAUGGACAUGGACCUGAUUGACGAGGAAGUUCUGACGUCACUGGUGCUGGAGUUUGGGUUGGACCGCGUUCAGGAGCUGCCCGAGCUCUUCCUGGGACAGAACGAGUUUGACUUCAUAUCGGACUUUGUGUGCAAACAGCAGCCGAGCACGGUGAGCUGUUGAGCGAAGCUGGUUGGGUCUGUUUGGACUGGACACCCCCAAAGAAUGACUGAGCGGUCACAGUAGCACAGCGAGAGGAGACAAUCUCUCUGUUCUGUUUGGGUGUUUCUGUGUCUGUGUAUUUGACAGUGUCUUGUACGCCUUCACACUGACCUGCCUGCGAGUUGAUGAAGAAUUGUUGAGAGAGAAAACGCAGCAAAGAGCACCAGGUUUCUCGUCUUUGAGCCGGUGCCAGUAAGAUCUGUCGUCUUUGGCCAAAUUGAGGCAUCCUGAUGCAGCGGGCUCUGUCUGUACCCAUCUGGCCCUCAGCACAUGUGCCUGCACUGCCAAGGCUUGGGGAUAUUUACAACUUAACAAGCAGAACGGGGGAAGGCCUGAAAAGACUAUCCAUCUGGGUCUGCUCGAUUCUGAUAAUGUAUUUUAUCUCUGAUGACACCUUCAAAUAGUAGCGGACAUUUGACAAAUUUACAAAAGGUAGUUUCUUCAAGGAUGAAGGGAUUAAGAAUAAGGUUUUUUUCGGACAUGCAUAUUGAAGGCUGGCUCUUCAAAACUUAGUUUCUACAAAUAAAAAAGAUGUGCAAAGUUCAGUGAGGUUGUGCAGCGUUCCUGGUGACGUGAUGGGGUUUAUUGUGCUACAUUGAUACAUUGAUAGCUUUCAGAGUCAUUUACCUGACUCCAGAUUAAAUCUGCAAUCAUUAAAUGUACCACAUCUGUUCCGCGCUAAUUAACUGUGAUUGAAUCAUUGGCAGAGUAGCGCUUCGCUUCGAGUGUCUGCUUAAACAAAGCAUUUAUCUAGAAAAUGGCCUGGAAGUCUCUCUGCUCCGACACUUUUAGACGAUCAUUGCGAGCAAAGUUUAGGGUUACUGCUUCUUAGAACUGCUAAGGAAGGAGAAACAUGUUCGUAUAUGAGAAGCAACGGUGGCCUGUUACAAGAUACAAGAGAAGCAGAGGGUGAAGGUGUGAGUCUCAGAUCUGAGGUGGGAUUUCUUUCUGAAACUCGAUUGGUUUAAACAGAAAAAGAAAAAAAAACAAGUACGUGAUUGCAGAAUUUGCAUCUGUGUGUUGUUUGUGUACGUCUGUGUGUGGUCAGUGCAGUGUGGCAUUUAACACCCAUUGAAUGGCGUCCUCCUCCCUAAACCGUGGCCCUGUGUGCUGAAGGUGGUCGGAGGGGAGAGAGGUUGUGAUGUGUGGACGCAGCACUCCCCGGCAGCACUUACUUUAAUCAUUAUUUAAAUCUGCUACCUGUGGCAUUGAUUUCAUUUGGCAGAAAGAGCGAGCAAGGAGCGCAAAGCGUGCAAAAGUUGUUGUUUUUGCCAUAGAUUAGCUUACUCUGCUGCUUUUCUACUGAUUAGAUUUAAAUUAUAUGUUCUCACACGCUUGUCUUAAUUGAGGUCGGCUUGCACAUUCUCCAAUGACUCAAUAAUUAUAAAACGGACAUGUUCUGUGGCGCUUUUAUUUUUUGCGCAGUUGGUAAUUAGGUUUUUGUCAAGGUUGCUGCUUUGCUGCUGCAGGCUGGUGGAGAGAGAACUUCCUGCUCUGGUAAUGCUAUUUGUGGAGCUGUCAGAGGGGUCAGGCCUGCGCUAUAGUGCACUGUGUUAAUCUGUUCCAAUGUAACUGUGCUGCGUUCCCUGUCUCUCUGGAGAUCUGCCAUUUCCAAGCUCUUCAGUCAAACAAUGGCCAUUGAAACGCUGUUGUAAAGGCAGAAAAGUGGCCGGGGGUUCACGCUCUGCUUCACUUUCUGCCUUAGCAAACUCACAAGCUCACAGUGAAAAUGGAAAUCCUUCUGGCCUUAGCGUGACAGUGGCCUCUGAUUACUGCUAUAUCAAUAAGCGCAGCCUUCUUGUGUAUUGUAUCUUUGUACUGUAGACUAGAGGUGAAGUUGAUCUAGAGACAUUUAAGGUACUUUUGGAGAAAACAUUGUCAGAUGUAAAUGUAAAUCAGUGGCUGAUUUUCGAUGUGUUAACGAGAGAUUAUAUCCUACAUUUUUACAAACGAGUGUGUAGAUACAGUGUGAGUAUACCAAUGGGUGUUUGUGGUGCAGGGCCUGAAGCUUUACGAGCGAGUCGACUGCAUGUUGAACGUGAGGGACGCCACCACUUUCCCACAAUGCAGCUGAGAAUGUACAGUACAACACAAUGUGGGGUCUUAAGAUGGUAGAUAAACGUGUGAGAUUGUACUCCUUGUUCCAAGUUACACAUCAUUCAGUUGGGUAAACCCCCCCCCCAGUCCUGUCCCACUUCCCCAAAGCUUUUGUAAUGUUAUUGAUUCUAUUUUAAGAAAAUGUAUUUAUUUUCAAAUAAAAUAUUUAUUUAAAGAAA